AUGGAAAGAAAGCCUUCUGGAAGGAGGCGUGUAUUUGUUCAGACCAAAACUGGCAUUGUUUUGGGUAUGGAAUUAGACAGGAGUGACAAUGCCCAUACUGUUAAGAGGAAAUUACAGCUUGCCCUCAAUGUCCCAACUGAGGAGAGGUCAUUGAUAUUUGGGGAGAAGGUGUUAAAAAACGACCUCAGUGCAGGUAGAAAUGAUUCUCCACUUCUUCUUACCAAGAAUUCUAUGCAUAGAAGCUCAUCUACACCAUGUCUCUCGUCCUCUGGGAAGGAUCUUCAGCAGAGUGAUUGGAGUGGCCCAAUUGAGUUACUAGGAUUUUCAGAGCACUUUGCUAAAGUAAAACAAAUGGUAAAUGACAUUGUGAAAGCAUUGAGGAUUGGGGUUGAUCCAAUUCCUAUUCAUAGUGGCCUUGGUGGUACAUACUAUUUCAAGAAUUGCCAUGGUGAAAAUAUUGCUAUUGUGAAGCCCACAGAUGAGGAACCUUACGCCCCUAACAAUCCAAAAGGUUUCGUUGGAAAAGCUCUAGGGCAGCCAGGCCUCAAACGUUCAGUGCGCGUUGGAGAGACUGGGUUCAGAGAAGUGGCAGCUUACCUUCUUGACUAUAAUCACUUUGCCAAUGUGCCCUCAACUGCCCUUGUGAAGAUGACACACUCGAUUUUCAAUGUCAAUGAUGGAAAUAAAAAUCAACGGAGAAACCAUGUUAGCAAGAUUGCAUCGUAGCAGCAGUUCAUACCUCAUGAUUUUGAUGCCAGUGACUAUGGGACUUCGAGCUUUCCUGUCACUGCUGUGCAUAGGAUAGGAAUUUUAGAUAUACGGAUCCUUAACACUGACAGACAUGCUGGGAACCUUCUGGUCAAGAAGGUUGAUGGGAUUGGGAGGUUUGGUCAGGUGGAGCUCAUUCCCAUUGAUCUUGGCCUUUGCCUUCCUGAAAGUUUGGAGGAUCCAUACUUUGAGUGGAUCCAUUGGCCGCAAGCGUCGAUUCCAUUCUCUGAGGAUGAGCUUGAGUAUAUAAAUAAUCUUGACCCUUUCCAAGAUUCUGAUAUGCUUCGGAGGGAACUACCAAUGAUUCGAGAGGCAUGCCUCAGAGUCUUGGUUGUUUGUACAAUUUUCCUAAAGGAAGCAGCAGCUUUUGGCUUAUGUCUUGCUGAGAUUGGUGAGAUGAUGAGCAGAGAGUUUCGAAGCCAUGGAGAGGAGCCCAGUGAGCUUGAGCUUAUAUGCAUUAAGGCAAGGAGUCUGCUCGGGGAGAUGGAAUAUCUUGUUGACGAGGUGAAACUGGAAGACAAUGAGGAGUUUCAGUUUGACAUUGACUGUGAGGAGUUACGUUUGACUUCAAAUAUAGGAGAUAAAUUAGAAAUGAGACCUCAUUGUUUCCUGUCCAAAGCCAAAAAUGUGCUAAAUCCACUUUCCAAGCUAGAGGAGAGUGCGGAGGAGGAGGAGGAGGGAGAGGCAGACAUUGAGGAGGAGGAGUUGAAUUUAAGCAGAGAUGAAUACGCUGGCUCUACAGAGGACAAGAUUACAAACAUUUCAAGGAUGUCCAUGUUAUUAAAAAAAAUAAGUGGCGGUGAGAACAGUUGGCGGCACGAGGGUGAGAUACGGAGAAGUGGUUACCUGGCUGGUUCUUCUUCCGGAAACAGGAGUGUUAAUGAGCAGCUUCCUUCAAGCAUGAGUUUUGUGACGCUAGCUGAUCUGGAUGAAGGGGAGUGGGUUCUGUUUCUUGAGAACUUUAAGAAACUUUUACAUCCAGCUUUCACUAAUUGCGAAUCUGGAAGUGCUGGUCAGAGGCAAAGACAGAGGCUUGGAACUUCCUGCCAGUUUUGAGAAGUGAGUCACUGGAUAUAUUAAAGAUGUUGGAAAGGUGUAGU